AUGCUCGUGACUCUAGACAGGGCAAGAGGCCACAUUAAGAACACAGACUCCGAAGGAGCCCAGCAGCUAACAAUCAUCACAAAGCACAUGGAGAGGCUCCUGCAGGCACCGCCACCCUCAGAAGAAUCCGAGGAGAACAAAUUGGAAAAGCUCAUGAGUGAUGUUGGCAGCCACGAAAACGCAGCCUUGCUGGAAGUGGUGCUGCACACGGCUCUCACGCUGGCCCUGUCCCAGAACCCGCUCACCGAGCUCUUCAGAGCCAUCUGCUUCCAGCCCAGUGCUGUCCAGGGGACCUACCUUCCCACCAUGCCGAGCGACGUGCUCUUUGACGUGACGAAUUGGAAAAUCACUAGUGAAGAGAAACUCUGGAGAUGCCAGUGCGGGCAGAUCUGGCGCAUUGAAAAUUGCGGACGGCCUGUGGAAGUUAACAGAUGCCUGUGCGGCUCCGAGGUCGGUGGGAUCAGUUACAAACCCGUGGAGGGAUUUGAGCAAGUAGACAUCACGAAGGAUAAAACGGAGACAGGCUACGUGCUGGGGAGUCCGACCUCGCGGAACAACGAGCCGGAGAGGGACUUGCCUGCAGCCUCAGUCUGCAUGGCCAGGGCGCUGCUCCAUUCUGCCAUGCUCCUGGGGACUCUUACAGACAGACAGUCCAUUUUGGAGCUAAUGAAAGUGAAGCCCCAGGAUGCCGAAAAGUUCUUCUGUGACCACCUGGGGAAAGACCUCCAGUUCCUGGCCGAGUCGCUCAGUCAGAACAUAGAUGAUGCAACAAUGACAGUCCACCUGUUCCUCAGACACGUCCUCGACAGCACAGCCGACGCAAACAUGGCGAUUAAGUUUAUGCGUGAAAAAGAAGACAGAAUCUUGUGGGAAAAUGGCUUCAAAGCUGUAACUCAGCCCUUCUUCCAGGUGCUGGAGCAGAAACUUGCUUCUGCAAAGCAGCAGAUGAUCGAGGAGGGACCUCAUGGUUCCAGCCUUCUCCUGAAAGUAGCCUACGGCCAGUCCCUGCCUGUCAGUCCCCAGCAGAGCAGUGGGCUGAUCAGCAUGCCCUGCAUGUGGCGGUUUGAACAGCGGAUGACAGUCCAGCGCCUGACCCAUCUGGUGCAGCAAGAUAAUGUUGCAAACCAGUUCCCUGUGCUCCUGGAACUGCUGUCCAAGCACCAGCACAUCCAACAUGUUCGGCACCUGCCCGACAUUCUCACUCUGCAGCGCACUCUGAUCCGCUGUUUCCAAACCGGCGAGAUCCAUGAAGGCAAAAGGCUUUCCGUGCGAGCGUUCCUGGAGCGCGACUGCCUCACAGAUGAUCAGCGUUUGGCUUUUGAGAGGGCCGUGCAGACUGUUCGGAAAGUGUGGAGCAAUUUAAGGUCAAGCCCCCAGAGCUCAGAAAUCAGCAUCCCUGAGGAACUGCAGAGCAAGGAGAUCAGUGCUGACACUGCCAUCCUGGACCUCCUACCAACCACUCCAUCCAUCAUUUCCAUGGUCACCAAGUUCUUAAUACAGCUGCAGAACAGCUGCAUUGACACAGCUGCCAAGCUCACUAAGGAGAAGCAAAGGUCUGUUUCAGCAGAGGAGGUGAAGCCUUCCUCUGUAUUAAGUGUUACCGAGAGCGACUUGGUCACCAUGGCGCUGUUGAACUUCCAGUAUGUGCUAGAGGAGGAUGGAACCAAGACCACCUACUUCAACUUCCUGACGCUGCAGAGACAAGUGAUUCACCGCUUCAUCAGUGGGAAGCCCGUUGUGAAAGUCCAGACAACUCCAUCCAUCACACUGAACAAUGUGAAAACUCUACACUCCACAAAACUUAAGGUUAAAGAUCAACUGCACCAGGAGCCCCUGAGCGUGAGUCUGAUGAGACGCAUUAUGGAAGAUGCCAGGUCAGUGAGUGACAUUUCCAGAGCCCUCUCCACCCUGAAAGUGGCUGCAGAGUUCCUGGCCGUGACAGGAGGGGACCCAGAGCAGCGCCUGACGGAGUAUGUCAGAACCGAGCUGAAGAUGGAGGCUCAUGCAAAGCAGUUCAGAGACUUACCAGUUGUCCCCCAAACCCAGCUGAAGCACGUCCUGUCUCUGUGGCAGAUCCUGUCAGCAAAGAGGUCGGCGCUUCUUGUAGAAAUGAACCAGGAUCCCUUCUUCCUGCUCGACAAGAAGUACCACACUGAGCUGAGUGAGAAGCAGAGGUCGGAGCUAACAACCGCGUUAUCCACUGUCAAUAUGGAGUCCUUUGUCAUUGAGCUGCACGAAAUGAUCACCGUGUCGCUGGAAAGCUAUGAAAGCUCUUGGGGGAUAGUGGAGACCUUUAAAGAAUAUUUAGAAAAUGAGGGAAAAGAGAUUCACAUUGAGAAACUGACCAGCGCUGAGAGCCAAGACCUUACGCUGGAGAACGUCAUUUCAGUGUGGAAAACUGCCGUGCUGAUCAGCAAAACCUUCGCCCACUCGUACGUUCAAGAGUGAAGGGUCUAUGAACUGUUUCCUGUGGAUUCCAAAAUAAGUUGCUGCAUCUACUGUAGAAUCCACAGUGCUUUAGGGAGAGGUGUUUCCUUGAGAAGUGAAUCUCAUCGCAUCACUAGGCCUGGGUAUCACCUGAAUGAAAACAAGCCGUCAGUCGGAUUGAAGUGGUGCCCUGGCUGGGAGACAUGAGUUUGAGAUGUUAUGGGCGUGACCAGCUGUGCUAAUGUUGCCAUGCACAUUGCUCUCUGCAAGUUGGUGAAUUUCAAUGAAAGAAACAAUUUCUCAGAGCUGCUUUUUAAGCCUUAUCUAUAUAACCCACCUUUAGGCAUUACGCCAGCUGUCUCCCUCCUGCCAAUGGUUGAACCACAGAGGAUGAAAAUUCCAUUUCAGUGGCUUAUUUCUGUUUAUCUUAAUCCAGUUUGUUAGCCUUAACCUGGACUAAAGCUGUCCACACAGGAAUUGAAACCAAUUUAACAUAAGCAGUUUAAAAAUGACAUCACUGCAAGUUUCUCGUGUGGACAGGGUCAAACCUGAAUCAGCUUAAAUUAGAUAUACAAAAAAAUCACAUUUAAUCCCUUUUAAACCAAAAUCUGAGGCCUGGUCUGCAAUAUGGCGUCAGGAUGACGUAAGGCAGCUUCCGAUGUGCAUCUGCACACUAAAGUUGUAAGUCUCCCAUUCCACCAAUCUAAUAACUCCACCUCCACGAGAGGCAUAGCAGGUCAAUGCAGUUAGGGUGAUGCAGAGUCCAUGCAGACACUGUGUUACUUACAUCCCCGGGUAGCUGUCAGCCAUGGGAUGAGGGAGCUCCAGUUGUCAGCUCCACAUGGCACUCAUUGCCCCACACUCCAGCUGUCACCCUGCCAGAAGCAGGAUAGUGUGGACGCCAACAGGCUAUUUAAUGGCUGAGAUAGCCUUAGGUUGACCUAACUGAAGUCAACCUAAGUUUGUAGUGUAGAUAUGCCCUCUAGAGUGUUUACAUAAGGAAUGCUUAAAUCUGUUUAGCAGCCUGUUAGUUCAAUCAAUGUGACCUGUGUGUGAACUGAGUCUGGGUUUUGUGUGUGUGUGUUUUUUAAAGAACUUCAGAGGGGUAGCUAAGUUAGUCUGUACAGGAUAAACUUUAAAAAACCAACAGAUUGUCUGGUAGCACUUUAAAGACUA